CGUCACCCCGCCGACGCCGACGUGGCCUCAGGCGCAUGCCCCACGUGUCCCUCGCCGCGCCCCGUCCGCCCGCCCCUGCCCUGAGAACGCUGUUCCAAGAUGGCGGCGCCCAGCGGAGGGAGCAGCGGCGGCGGCGAGAUCCUGUGGGCCGUGCUGCUCCUUGCCGCCGUGGCGCUGAGGCCGGCGGAGGCGGUGUCCGAGCCCACGACGGUGGCGUUUGACGUGCGACCCGGCGGCGUCGUGCACUCCUUCUCCCAGAACGUGGGCCCAGGGGACAAGUAUACUUGUAAGUUCACGUACGCUUCUCAAGGAGGAACCAAUGAGCAGUGGCAGAUGAGCCUGGGGACCAGCGAGGACCACCAGCACUUCACCUGCACCAUCUGGAGGCCGCAGGGCAAGUCCUACCUGUACUUCACCCAGUUCAAGGCGGAGGUGCGGGGCGCCGAGAUCGAGUACGCCAUGGCCUACUCUAAAGCCGCCUUUGAACGAGAAAGCGACGUCCCCCUGAAAAACGAGGAGUUCGAAGUCACCAAAACAGCAGUGGCCCACAGGCCUGGCGCGUUCAAGGCCGAGCUGUCCAAGCUGGUGAUCGUGGCCAGGGCGUCCCGCACCGAGCUGUGACCGGCAGCCCCGCCGAGGUGGUGCUUCGUCAUCUCCGCCCAGGGCGCCCCUUGCUGGUUUUCUAGGGGAACUCCCGGAUCUCAGCCCAGGCCGACGUCACCCUGUCGGGGCUCACCCGGCCUGGCCGUCCCGCCCUCCCCGGCCCCACGCCCUGCGUGCUCCGCCGGCCGGGACCAGGCUCCCCUCCGACCUGGCGGCCACCUCUGUGGGCCUCUGGGACUGUUUGGGCACAGGGUGCCCGGGGCUCCUCUCACACGAACUAGGAAGAGAUGAAACAAUUUUUCAUAUUUAAAUAAAAAAGGUGAUUGAAAACCCA